AUGGGAAAUUUGCAGUCGGCAAAAACGAGUCAACCGGAGAAAUAUAUCAUGUAUCAGACAUUUUUCUUGGUGUUCUUUAGAAUGCUCUAUAUUCCAUUCAUACUUUAUUUGGUUGCUUCGAGAAACGAGAUCAGUGGAGAUAUAUUAUUUUUCGGAACGUGUGUAAUCGAUAUGUUUGUGACGCAUUUCAUCAUUCAAGCAUCUUAUCUGAGCGCCAAUAAGAAGCACGUAGAAUCUCUAUUCAAUUCAUGUGGAUGCCGCAAAAAUAAGAUCUCGGAUAAUUAUACGAGUACUAUGGAAAGUACGAUAGUGGCGGCUACUAACUAA